UUCCGCUUCCUCCUGCCUCCUGGCUGCUGCUGCUCCCCUGCCGGGCCCUCACCAGGCUCCCCACACCCCUGGUGCCGCAGGAGUGGUCCUCGGGCGCCGCCACCGCCGCCACCUCCCAGGUCCCGGGCACGAUGCAGGCCAUCAAAUGCGUGGUGGUGGGAGAUGGAGCCGUGGGCAAGACCUGCCUUCUCAUCAGCUACACAACCAACGCCUUCCCAGGAGAGUACAUCCCCACCGUGUUCGACAACUACUCAGCCAACGUGAUGGUGGACAGCAAGCCCGUGAACCUGGGGCUGUGGGACACUGCCGGGCAGGAGGACUAUGACCGCCUCCGGCCACUCUCCUAUCCCCAGACAGAUGUCUUCCUCAUCUGCUUCUCCCUCGUCAGUCCAGCUUCCUAUGAGAAUGUCCGUGCCAAGUGGUUUCCCGAGGUUCGGCACCACUGCCCCAGCACGCCCAUCAUCCUGGUGGGCACCAAACUGGACCUGCGGGACGACAAGGACACCAUCGAGCGGCUGAAGGAGAAGAAACUGGCGCCUAUUACCUACCCACAGGGCUUGGCACUGGCCAAGGAGAUUGAUUCGGUGAAAUACUUGGAGUGCUCGGCCCUCACCCAGCGAGGCCUGAAGACCGUCUUCGACGAGGCAAUCCGGGCCGUCCUCUGUCCCCAGCCCACGCGGCCGCAGAAGCGCCCCUGCAGCAUCCUCUAGGGGUUGUCCCAGUCCUCCCAGCCAGACGGUUUGGACCUACCAGGGCCCUCACCUAAAGCCCAGGGGCACCCUGGCUGGCCAUGCUGUCCCCUUCCUGUGGCGUGUCUUAGCAGAUGGCUGCAGAGCUUGGCUGAUCGUCUUCUCUGUGCUGGAGGCCCCCCGGGUCUGAAGGUGUGAAUCUUUAGGUGCUGCAUCCCGACCCCUCAUGCUCCUGCCCAGGGCCCCAGGGGAGCCCCAGGACCCGAUAAGCCACCCCUGCAUUACUGCGGGCAGCACGAGCACUGCAUCUGGCAGCAUCUGUCCAUAACCCCAGCCCCGCCCGCGCCUGACUUUGCUCCGGAAACUUGGGGUCAGCAGUUGCCAUCCACCACUCAUGGGUCUUCAGGGACAGGCCUCUCUCCUUCUCCCCAGGCGGUCCACUCCAACGUCAGUGGUCCUGCCUGUCCGAAAGUUCUUCUGAGCUCUGAUGAGGGUCUCGGAAGUUAUGUCCCUCUGGUCUUCAUGCUACUUUUGGAACAACAUACAAAAAAUCAGGUUUCCUAAAAUCUCUGUGGGCAUCUGUGCAGCUAAUUCGAAGCCUGGGUCCAGCUGACUCCUGCCAUCUCAAGGCUUUCUGCUCCGCUCACAGGUUCCUGAGCUGCAUUUACCUGUGAGAGCCUUGGAACUUUCAGACCCUGCCAGUCAGGACUUUGCUAUAGCAAAUAGAAAACCCAAUUCAACUGCUUAAAUAGAAAAUAAAGGUGUUGAUUCAA